AUGAAUUAUAUAACUAAUAUUGAAGUCAAUAAAGAGAAUACUAACAAGACUAAUAAUGAAAUAAUGAUUGAUAAUGAAAACAUGAUUAAUUAUGAAUAUGUGAUUGAUAAUGAAGAUAAUGGUAACAAAGUUAAUUAUGAGGUUAAUAGCUCUUACAAAAUCAUUAAUGAUGGGUAA